UAUCAGAAUUGGUUAGGGAGAGAGACAACUACACUAAAAUACAUGCUUGCAUAUUAAUACCACACUUGGCCUUCCUCCUCUGAUUCACCUCGACGUGUAUCACCUUUUCAUGAUGGAGAAAACUUGCUCCCUUCUUGUUUCUGUUACAUUUAUGUUGUUGGUGCACAACUACUAUUACUCUCUCAUGGCUUGCUUGGCUGUGAGUACUAGGAGGACUGCAACCAAUAUCAUCACUGAUCAAUCGGCUCUUCUUGCCCUGAAAUCCCAUAUCACUUACGACCCUCACAACAUGUUGGCCAAAAACUGGACCAACUCAACCUCCCCUUGCAACUGGAUUGGUGUCCGUUGCAGCACUCGCCACCACAGAGUCACUGCCUUAAAUCUUUUUGACAUGGGCCUAAGAGGCACCAUCCCUCCGCACAUAGGAAACCUCUCCUUUCUUACCUUAUUAUACAUCAGAAAAAACAGUUUUCAUGGUGAUAUCCCUAAAGAGAUUGGUCAUUUGCGUAGACUAGAAGCCAUCAGCUUCUACUCCAACGACUUUGCAGGAAACCUUCCUAAAGAAAUCAGCAAGCUUGCUAAUCUGAAGCUUUUGGACAUGCAGUCAAACUGGUUCUCUGGCUCCAUACCCGCCUCCAUCUUCAAUAUAUCCUCACUGGAAAGAAUUUGGUUCACCAAUAAUAACUUGUCGGGUAAUCUUCCAAUGGAUAUAUGCUACCAUCUUCCAAAACUCUAUGAGCUUCUUCUGUCCAAUAACCAGUUCGAUGGCCAAAUUCCUUUCACUUUAUAUGAAUGUUCAGAACUUCAAUCCUUGUCAUUGUCAUAUAAUAAAUUCAGUGGAAUGAUUCCAUCACAGAUUGGGAACUCAACCAUCCUAAAAGAGUUAUAUCUUGGCGGAAACAACUUCAAAGGUAAAAUUCCACAACAGCUGGGAAAUCUUCAUAGAUUGGAGACACUUACGAUUGAGAGUGCUGGCCUCACUGGUACCAUACCAUCUUUUGUCUUUAACAUUUCUUCUUUGAAAUGGCUUUCUCUCCAUAGCAAUAACUUUACUGGUAGGCUGCCACGGGGUAUGCACUGGCAUCUUCCUAUGCUUGAGAUAGUUCAUCUUGGCGGAAAUGAACUGUAUGGAAGCAUUCCAAAAGAAAUUGGAAACUCUACUUCACUGAUGAAUUUAAAUCUACAGAAGAACAGUUUGACAGGUGCAAUACCACAAGAGAUUGGAAACCUUUGUGAUCUGGACUUCUUUGUUUUAUAUUCGAAUAGCUUAAAAGGUCCGAUUCCAGAAACAAUCUUCAACUUGUCGAAACUACGAAUCCUUGGAUUGACAGAAAAUCAUCUUUCAGGCAAACUUCCAUCAAGUAUUAGGCUACCCAAUAUUGAAGAAUUAUCCCUUUUUGGAAAUAACCUCAAGGGAAUUAUUCCUUACUCUAUCUCAAAUCUUUCAAAACUCACUGAUUUAGAUCUUUCCUAUAAUAAUUUCAGUCAUUCAAUUCCAAAUUCACUUGGUAACUUAGGACUCCUCGAAUUUCUAAACCUAGCAGGAAACAAUUUCAUCAGGGGAUCUUCAAACCUAGAAUUGAGCUUUAUCACUGCCUUGACAAAUUGUAGACGUUUAAACACAUUAUGGAUAAAUGGAAAUCCUCUGAAUGGCAUCCUUCCAGUAUCCAUUGGAAAUUUCUCCACUUCGCUUCAAGAUAUUUGGGCAAGUAAUUGUGAAAUUAAGGGCAGCAUUCCCAACCAUAUUGGUAACUUGAGCAAUUUGGCUUUCUUACGUCUACAACGUAAUGGCUUCACUGGAUCUAUUCCAAUGAUAGGGAAACAGUUGCAAAGACUUCAAGUUUUAGAUCUUCAAAUUAACAGGAUACAAGGGCCCAUUCCAAAUGAUCUUUGCCACUUACAUAACUUGGGUUCAUUAGCUCUAAGUGAGAAUGAACUUUUUGGUCCAAUUCCAAGUUGCUUAGGGAAUGUUACAUCUCUAAGAGAACUUUUUCUGGGUUCCAACAAAUUAAACUCCACAGUACCCAUAAAUUUGUUCAGCCUAAAAGAUAUUUUGUAUUUGGACUUGUCCUUAAAUUCUUUAAGUGGCAAUCUUCCCUCAGAGAUUGGAGCUUUAAAGGUUGUAAUAAAAAUAGAUCUAUCAGUAAAUAACUUUUCAGGUGAUAUCCCUAGCACAAUAGGAGGUAUGCAGAGCUUAAUCAAUUUUUCUUUGGCACAUAAUAGACUACAAGGACCUAUUCCUGAGUCAUUUGGAGACUUGAUAAGCUUGCAAUCCUUGGAUCUAUCUUACAACAAUCUCUCAAGCACAAUUCCAAAUUCAAUGGUGUCACUUUUGCAUCUUCAGAAUUUCAAUGCAUCUUUCAAUAGGCUAAGAGGAGAAAUCCCCACCGGAGGACCAUUUGCGAACUUCACAAAUCAAUCAUUCAUGUCAAAUGAAGCACUAUGUGGUGCCCCGCAAUUUCAAGUCCCACCAUGUCGUUCAAGCUCUCUUCACAGUUCAAGGAAAAAAAGAGUGUUGCUAGUUUUUUACAUUUUGUUGCCAAUUGUUCUAAUUGCUUUGACUUUCACGUUUGUAUCAAUAAGAUGCCAAAAGAGAAAUAGAACGUCAAUUGAAACGGAGUUGUCACCCACUUUAGCACACGAGAGAAUUUCAUACCAAGAACUUCUACGUGCUACUAAUGGUUUUAGUGACAGCAACUUGCUUGGAACAGGAAGUUUUGGUUCUGUUUAUAGAGGGACAACUACAGAUGGGACCAUUCUAGCAAUCAAGGUAUUCAAUUUGCAACUAGAAGCUGCAUCCAAGAGUUUCGACACAGAAUGUGAAAUGUUGCGCAACAUUCGUCACAGAAAUCUCACCAAAGUUAUCAGCAGUUGCUCCAACCUAGAUUUCAGAGCCUUGGUACUCCAAUACAUGCCUAAUGGGAGUCUUGAAAAGUGGUUGUAUUCUCAUAACUAUUUCUUGAAUAUCAUUCAGAGAUUAGAUAUAAUGAUAGAUGUGGCAUGUGCAUUGGGUUACCUCCACCAUGGUUAUUCAAUACCAUUGGUUCACUGUGAUUUGAAGCCUAAUAAUGUCCUUCUAGAUGAAGAUAUGGUCGCACAUGUUAGUGACUUCGGAAUUUCAAAGUUCUUGGAUGAGGGGGAAAGUAUUGCGCACACCAAGACUCUCGCUACUUUGGGAUAUAUAGCACCAGAGUAUGGAUUGGAAGGACUAGUAUCCACAAGAUCCGAUGUUUACAGUUACGGUAUUAUGUUAAUGGAGACAUUUACAAGGAUUAAGCCCACUGAUGAUAUGUUUGUUCGAGAUUUAAGCUUGAAGCUAUGGGUAAGUGAGUCACUACCUAAUGCGAUAAUUCAAGUUAUAGAUCCCAACUUGCUCAUACCAGAAGAAGGACAAAUCAAUGCAAAGGUGUUGUGUGUAUCAUCCAUCAUGGAAGUGGCUCUAAAUUGCUGUGCAGAACAACCACAGGAGAGGAUCAAUAUGGAAGAAGCCCUGGUAACACUAAAGAGGAUCAAACAUAAGUUUCUUGCAACUGGGAAAGGCGAGAAACAUAAAGAUUGCAUUGCUUUGAAAGGUGAAAGUGUUGGUAGCUCUUCUCGUCCAUGAUAUGAGAACUUCGUCGCAAAGGAAGUUUCCUCAAAUUGAAAUUAAGGUGGAUUGCUUGUCACCUAUAGAGACACAUAUAUGUUGUUUAUUUUUCAUUUAAAAAUAAAAAAUAAAAAUGGAUAUUUUGGUGUUGUC